CUUCCCAGUAAUUAUCACACAUUGAGUUAUUAGUGAUCGAAUAAGAAACUCUUUCCUGAAUUCCGUCUUUUGAUGGAGACAUCGAGAAGCACCUUGCUCUCGGACUUUGACCGACUAUUUUUUUUUCCAAUUGUAGCUUUUUCACCGUUGCUUCCUUGUAGACGAAGCAUUUCCAGAGACUCCUGAUCCUAAUUGGAACGAGAACACUUGCACAUGCUUCGAUCAGCUUAUAGUACCAUGACCACUGGAUUUCAGCCAGAGGUACGUGCACUGACGCAGAAGUUAGACCAGAUUUGUCCCCGUUUUGAACUAUCACAAGGGCAAAUUGAAAUCAUCCAAGAUCCCAAGAUCUUCUAUUCAACUUUGAAAGAGAAGAUAGCCACUGCAGAAAGACGAAUCUUUUUAUCAUCUUUGUAUAUUGGCAAGACCCAAGAUGAGCUGAUAGAAUGUCUUGCAGAUGCACUGAGAGAGAAGCCCGACUUAAAGCUGACCAUAUUGACCGAUGCGCUCAGAGGUACCAGAGAAGCACCGUCAAAAUCUUCAGCUUCAUUGCUAGCAGAGCUCAUGGAAAAACACGAAUCACAAGUGGAUAUUAGAAUGUAUCACACUCCUCACUUACAUGGCUUAAUGAAGAGUUUGGUUCCAAACAGAUUUAACGAAGGAUUCGGCUUACAGCAUAUGAAAAUUUAUGGAUUUGAUGACAGCGUUAUCCUCUCUGGUGCUAAUUUGUCUUCUGAUUAUUUCUCUGAUCGUCAGGAUCGUUAUUAUCAUUUCAAAUCCAAAGAUUUGUCCGAUUAUUACUUCAAAAUUCAAUCUACUGUGGGCUCUCUAAGUUAUAAGUUAGUGCACUCCAAUAAUGAAUCCAAGUUCAAGUUGAUAUGGCCGUCAACAAACACACUAGAUGACCCAGUUAAGAACUGGAGAGCGUUCAUCGAUGGGUCCUCAAAGAUCCUUGGAAAACUUUUGGAGCACAAACACUCUGUAAAACCCGAAUUGCAGGGACGUUUAACAUAUGUGUAUCCAGUCUCCCAAUUUACUCCGUUGUUUAACAAAGAUAACGAUGGCUCAACAGAGAAGAAGAGUGUUUUGACAUUAUUAGAUUAUGCUAAUGAUCCUAAAAUUAAAUGGAGUUUCACAGCUGGGUAUUUCAACAUGCUGCCCGAAAUUAAGAAGAAGUUAUUAGAUUCGAACUCCAAAGGUGUCGUGAUCACGGCUUCUCCAUUUGCCAAUGGAUUUUACAAAUCCAAGGGGGUUUCCGGUCAUCUUCCAGACGCUUACCAGUACUUGUCAAAAGUUUUCUUAAGAGAUGUUCACAAGGCACAAAAGGAUGAUGAUAUUAAACUUAAAGAAUGGAAGAAAGGUGUUGUUAACACUCCAAAUGGUUGGUCUUAUCAUGCAAAGGGCUUUUGGGCAACGUCUCCAGAUGAAGAAACACCGAGUAUCACCAUCAUUGGUUCUUCCAAUUAUACAAGAAGGGCCUAUAACUUCGACCUUGAGAGUAAUGCAAUUGUGAUCACAAGGGAUCCUCAACUCAAAGAGGCGAUGAAGAAAGAACUAGAUAACAUUUUAGAGCAUACUACAGAACUCAACCUUGAGGAUUUCAAAGAAAAAGAUAGAAGGAUCCCAACUGGUGUUGUGUGGGCUACUAAAAUCCUCGGUAAGAGACUGUAAAAGCAGCUUAGAAGACAUAUAUACAUUUCUUUCAUAAAGUAGAAUGGCCAAGUUGUGAAAUU